UUUGAUUAUGUUUUCCGACUGAUACUGUCUAUCAAUGAUUGAUUAUUUCCUCAACUACGAGUAUAUAUAAUACAACACAACUUACGAUUUUGUAAACCGAAGACAUUAUUACCUGACGAGCAUGUUCCGGUUUGUAACGUUCACACUGCUUAUAGUGGCAUUGACUGACUCUAAGAAGAUUGAUAACAGUCGUCAUGAAGUGAGGAGAUUUCCUGAUAGCUUGCUGUUUGGUACGGCCACGGCAUCUUAUCAGGUAGAAGGCGCUUGGAAUGAAGAUGGUAAAUCAGAAAACAUAUGGGAUCGUCUUACCCACACACAACCAUGUCUCGUCAAGAAUUGUGAUACAGGAGACAUCGCAGACAACUCAUAUUAUAACUAUCGCAGAGAUGUAGAAAUGAUGAGGGAACUUGGACUUGACUUCUACAGGUUUUCUCUUUCUUGGUCAAGAGUCCUGCCGACAAGUUUCCCUGAUCAAAUAAAUGAAGCUGGAGUUAACUACUACAACAAUUUAAUAAACGAGAUGUUAAAAUAUAACAUUCAACCAAUGAUAACUCUGUACCACUGGGAUUUACCACAAAAGUUACAAGAGCUGGGUGGUUGGGCAAACCCACAUAUUGUAGACUGGUUCUCUGAUUAUUCUAGAGUCAUGUUUGAACUAUUUGGCGAUAGAGUAAAGUAUUGGUUUACAAUUAAUGAACCAAGAGAUGUUUGCUAUCAGGGUUACGCUGGACAAUCUAUGGCACCCGCUUAUAAUAUAUCCGGUAUGGCUGAAUAUCUGUGUGCGAAAAAUUUGCUUGUAGCUCACGCAAAAGUAUAUCAUAUGUAUAAUGAAGAAUACAGACCAACUCAAGGUGGCUUAGUUGGAAUUGUGUUAAGCGCGUCUUGGUUUGAACCUGAAAAUGAAGGUGACGAGGAAGCAGCCGAGGAGCUCCGUCAAUUUGAGUGGGGGUCGUUUGCGCAUCCAAUAUUUUCAGAAUCCGGUGACUUUCCACCAGUUAUGAAAGAGAAAAUAGCAGCAAAGAGUGCAGCCCAAGGCUUUUUAAGAUCUAGAUUACCAGAGUUCACAUCAGAAGAAAUAGAUUUGAUAAAGGGCAGUUCCGAUUUCUUUGGACUUAAUCAUUACACUACCAACUUAGUUUAUAGAAAUGACACAGUGAAUGGUAUGUACAGUUCAGUGUCGUACUAUGACGAUAUCGAGGUUGGUUUUUAUCAGUCAACUGAGUGGCCAGAAACUGGAGCAACAUGGUUGAAAAUGGUACCUUGGGGUUUCUAUAAGCUGUUGACUAAAAUAAGAGAAGACUACAACAAUCCUCCAGUAUUUAUAACUGAGAAUGGAUGUGCCAGUCGAGAGGGCCUGGAUGAUGAUACAAGAGUCACUUAUUACAAAAGUUAUCUGGAUGUUAUGCUGGACGCCAUUGAAGAUGGUUCAGACGUCAGGGUCUAUACCGCCUGGAGUCUGAUGGAUAACUUCGAAUGGCUCGAAGGAUACUAUGAUAGGUUUGGUCUAUACGAGGUUGACUAUGAAAGCUCCGAGCGCACCCGUACACCACGAAAAUCUGCAUUUCUGUACAAAGAGAUACUGCGUACGCGCACCUUGGAUAUGCAUUUUGAGCCAGAUGCAACUCUACCUAUGACAAUCGACGAAGGACACUGACAUGGCAUCAGUAAUAAAAUAUUUAACAUGUGUCUUGUUGUUGUUCUAAUAAUAAAUUUAUAAUCAUCCCAA